AUGUUUUGCAACUACUAUGGCAAUUCCUGUGACUACGGGUGUGGAAACAGCUAUGACUGUGGAUUUAGUCCCUAUUAUGGCUGUGGAUAUGGCUAUGGAUGUGGCUGUGGAUAUGGCUCCCAUUAUGGCUGUGGCUAUGGAACCAGAUAUGGCUGUGGAUAUGGCUCCCAUUAUGGCUGUGGUUAUGGAAGCAGAUGUGGCUGUGGAUAUGGCUCUGGCUACUGCAGCUACUGGCCAGUUUGUUAUAGGAGGUGUUAUUCUUCUUACUGCUAG